UCAUCAUGCAGCAGGAUAUCAUCAUCACCCUUUCUGUGUGUGCAGUUAUUAUCACCGCUGUUUUCUUCGAGUACCGUAUGCAACAACUAGAAGAAAAGUGUAAAGAUAUAGAAACAAUAUUUAAGUCAAACAAACGCGACAAUACAGUCAACAGUGAACACACUGACGACGAAAAGACUGGGAGUAUAGAGGCAACUAUCAAACGACAUAAUGCUGGGGAUUUAAUGGAAGACGAAAUAAAGGAAUUGUCUGCCCAGAGAGCUGUAGCUUUUUCAGUCGCAUUGGGGGCUCCUAUGGAAGACAACGAAACUGUGUCGGAAGUCGUUAUUUACAAUAUCGUUGAAAUCAACAUUGGUGAAGGGUAUGACCCCACUACUGGAAUAUUUGUGGCACCCGAACCUGGCGUGUACGCUUUCAGUUGGACAAGUGUAACUAUUCCGGGAAAAUGGUACGAAACCGAGAUGAAUAUUAAUGGUCUUCAGAAGAGACUCAAUAGUUGUAAUAACAAAGGAGAGACGGCAUCAUCCAAUCUUUCUUGCACCUCCUUGGUUAUUUCCGAGGUGAAGAAAGGAGAUUUAGUUUGGGUUGCUAAGUUUGGACAAGAGGGAGAUUAUUUAAUGGAAAUGUAUUCGUCCUUUUCAGGUUGGAAAAUUGGAGAAAUUUCAAAAAGUGACAGUGGCAUUGACUCUAGCUGA